GUAGUUUAACAUUAUUCUAUAGCUAGUUUACAUGUUGAGUUUCCUGCAGGAGAUACAAGAAACUCUGCUCCCUCCAUCUGUGCACAUCUACCCCAAGAAGAAGGCCAAAGUUUCACAGCAACCUAGUGGUAAUGGUGGAGUAAACAGCCAAACUGAAGGUAGCUCAUCAUCUGUUACCGGUCUGCUUGCCAACGAACCUGAAAAGAUCAGCGAUGAGUCUGUAAUCAGUUCUUCUGAACUGACCUCUGGGACAAAAUGUGGCCCUAGAUCAUCAUCACCAUACCCAAAUUAUCCAGAUUUGAAACCACCAUCAUCCCCAACACCAUCAAAGCCAGAAAUAUGAUGCAAAGC